AUGUCGAACUCAAAUGAUGAAGCUCGUUUGCGUAAAGCCAAUUUUCGUCUUUGUCGAAUUUGUAAAUGGUCUAAUUAUCGUGGAUUUGGCUUCAGUCUUGAGCGUUCGCCAGAACCUCCACAUCUUGUUCAAACUGUUGACUCAAAUAGUCCAGCAAGUGCUGCUGACCUCAAAAUUCGUGAUGUUGUUCUUGCUGUUAAUGAUAACGAUGUAUCUAAGAGUGAAUAUAAUGAAUUAGCAACUGCUAUAAGCAAUGCGCGAGAUAGUAAUGAUUACCUUGAAUUACUUGUUAUUGAAAAACGUUAUUAUGAUAUAUUAAAAGAAGACAACGUCUCAUUUAGUCCUAGAUUCGCUAAAAUAAUAGACACACCAAAAAAAAUGCCACGUGAUUACAUGAAUUUUCCUAAACAUACACCACGUACAUGUGAUAUACGUUUAACUGCAAAUGAUCAAGCAUUUGGUUUUAAUAUUGCUCCCGGUAAAAGUGAUAUUGGCGCAUUUAUUCAAGACAUAGCUCCGAAUUCACCAGCUAGUAAAACAGCAUUACGUAAAAGUGAUCGAAUACUUGAAAUUAAUGAUAAAUUUGUUGAUGAAGAUCGAAGCAAAACUAUAGAAGAAAAAGUAAUUAAAGCAAAAUCAAAACGUUCCGUGAAAUUAUACGUUGUUGAUACACAUACAUAUGCAUAUUUUCAAGAAAACAAUAUACCAUUACAAUCAAAAAAGUUUCAAAAAAGUUCAUUUGCGAAAAAUAAACAAAUACCUUCGUAUGAGGAUGCAGAAAAUAAUUCUUCUGAAAACAAUGAUGCAGAUGAUAGUUCAAUAGAACCGUUACCUACUGCAUUAACCCCACAUUCUAAUCAACAAUCAAACAUAUCAGACAAUGUCGAUGAGCAAAAACAACAUUCAGAUGAUAUCCGUUUAUGUACUAUCACUCGUUCUAAUGAACAAGAUAAAUGGGGUUUUAGCUUUAAUUAUAAUGACGAUGGUCAUUAUUGUUCAAUAAAUAUAUUAUCGGGUCCUAAUAAUCGACAAUCAAAUGCUGCACUUGCUGGUAUUAAAUCUGAAGAUCGUUUAAUUGAAAUAAAUGGUGAAAAUAUUCAAAAUCUUACAUAUGCUGAACUAAAACAACGUAUAAAUGAUAUUAGAUAUCCUCAAUCAUUACAAAUGUUAGUUGCCGAUGCUGAAACAUUUAAUAAUUAUAAAGAAAAAAACAAACCUAUACAUAGUAAACUUCAAAGUGUAAAAAAUCUAUCAAAAAAUAAAACUGAUCGAUCUUUAUUAACAAUUUCUUCGGCGUCCGAAGAUGAUACUCCAAAACUAGUUAAAACUAUUACACAACCACCUUCUCAUGAAUCAUCUAGAUAUGUUGUGAAUGGUUUAGUUCAAAACGCCUAUCAAAAUGGUGAUUUACGGUUACUUAUUGCACCAUAUAACGUAAAACCUUUAACAACACGUUCAGCUCAAUCGUUAUUCGCUUUAAAUGACGAUAUUCAUUAUCAAACUAGGACUUUCCAGUCAAUAUGUGAGGAUCAAAAACCACCAUCAUCAGUAAGUACAUAUCAAUCGGUAUUACAUCAUCAUGAUGAACAGAGUAAACAUGAUCAAUUGGCUGCUAUAAAUGAACUUAGUUAUGGAUUAAUUGAACCUACGGAACCAUGGCAACGUCAAUGUGUACUACUUCGAGAUUCAUCUUUUCGUGGAUGUGGUUUUCGACUAACUGAACGACAAAAUUAUGAUACACCCAUUGUUGUUGAAGUAUCUCCAAAUAGUCCAGCUAAACGAAGUGGUUUAACGGAAGGUGAUCAUGUAAUCUAUAUUGAAUCAGAAAAUAUUCAAAAUUUUCAUUCAUUUAAUGAUGUAAUUGAUAUAAUUCAUCGUACAUUUCAAGAAAAUGGUCAAGUUACACUUGUUGUAUUAACAAGUCCAGGUUAUCGAAUAUUAAAACGACGUGGAGGUUAUUUAGAAAGUAGAGUAUUUAAUUAUCAAUCACCUCAGAUCGAUCAAAUGAAACUACGUUUAUGUAAAUUAAAAUUAUAUAAUUUCGAAUAUGAUUUUGGUUUUACAUUAAAACGUGAUAAAUUAUUAUAUAUUCAAUCUAUUGAACAAGGUUCAUCAGCUGAUGUAUAUGAUAUAAAAGAAGGUGAUGUUGUACUUGAAUUAAAUGGUCAAGAUACAAAAUAUUUAAUAAUGAAUAAAAUAAAUGAAAUAAUUGAAAUAAGUAAACAAGAACGAAAAUUAGAUAUUUUAGUUAUUGAUAUGAAUGGUUAUGAAUUUUCAAUCAAACAUGCUAUUCCACUUAAUUCAAAUUUACCUUUUAUUCAAAUAAGAGAAGAAUCAGAUGUAACCAUCAAUAACCGUAUUCAAAAUGAUCCAGUUUAUUUAUAA